AUGAAGACCGGGGUGGCUGCCUUGGUCGGGGGCAUCGUGGGGGGGCUGGGGGUUCUCUGCUUCCUCGUGGCUUUCGGCACGGAUUACUGGCUCCUGGCGAGCGACGACUGUGGCCACCACACUCACUACCCCACGUUACCGGGGACUACGACAGCAACAGCAACAACAGCAGCAGCAACGACAAUACCACCGCCAACAACGACACCACCACUACCAACAACACCACCACCAGACAACACCACCACAACACCACCCAACACCACCGAUGCCGCCACUGAUCCCUCUGUCCUCGUGGCCAACGCUACUCUGGCCAACAUCUCAGAGGCGAGAGCUCGGCGGUCUGUAGAGGAGGUGACUGCAGCGCCCAGUUUAGUUUUCCACCAUGAGGGUUUCUUCUGGCGCUGUGUGUUCGAAGCAGAGGCCUCGACCCAUGCGAUCCUCGCUGUGCUUUUCACUAAUCAGCCAGCCUCCAAAUUCUGUAUCCAUGGAUACCUUUUCCCGCUCCCGGUUGCUGUGGGGCCAAUUCCUCAUCCCAUGUAUGAUAAUACUGCAGUGUUCCGAGGCUUCUGGACGGUGUUCAUCAUCCUGGCGCUGGUGGCUGGGCUGGUGGGGGGCUUCCUGCUGGUCUGCGCUGUGCCCUUCACCAGCCACAAGCUCUACAGGCUGGGAGGCAUCUUCCUCAUUACCGCAGCCUGUCUCUUCCUGCUCCUGGUGGUGCUGUUCGUCCUGUGGAAGGAGCUGGUGGACAUGCGCGGCUACAUCCUCCAGGACAGGGGGCACGACUGCCCCGACGUCCAGCCCGAGGCCCACUACGGCUGGUCCUUCAUGGUGGCGGCGGCCGGCAUCCCCCUGGCCCUCCUCUCCGGCUUGCUCUUCUUCGCCACGGGAGUCCAUCUACAGAGGGCAAAAUGAAAUUAGCACAGCUUCUCUGACAAUAGCACAUAGUACGAUUUUUAAUACCAUACAAAUGUGUGUGUGUGUGUGUGUGUGUGUGUGUGUGUGUGUGUGUGUGUGUUUUUUACAAGUUGUCCUUACAAGUAUAGGGAGAGAAAUAUAACAAGUGGGGGAAUACUGGGGCAAUGCUUGGGAGACUGUAGCGCUAAUUAUUUUGCGUCCAAAUUCCACUGGACUCCACUGGAGUUGUUUGGCAGCAAGAUGGCUUGAUUGAAAUGAGACCUAAGAGAGAGAGAGAGAGAGAGAAAGAGACACACACAGGAGGGGACUGAGCUGAGAUGACAGAGAGUGCCCUGCAGAAGAGACUCGGUGUUAUGUAAGAACGUGCGACACACACACACACAAGGGGCCCGGGAACAAAGACACCAUGUUGCUGCGUCUCUGAGUUUUUCCUGUUGCUGAGCCCAUUCAAAAACCAACAAUAGACAUUCUGUAUUAGAGGCACACUUAGCUCAGUUGGGAUAUGACUCUGCACAACGUCUGGCCAUUCAGAACCAAAGCACAUUGUUUACGUUCCUCUUGGGUUCUUGAAAUAUUCUACACGGAACAUUAAGCAAACUGUUUGUUGAAAGGGGAAAAAAAAUCACUCAGAGCCUACUACAGUCCUUUGGGUAAAAAGAAAAUAUGACAGAAUUCUAUAGAAAGUGAAUGUUGUGAUCUGCACUCCAAUGACCUCUUUAUGAUUGGCAUGUCCCCUGGAAAACAAUCUCUGAAAUCUGUGUUUUCGUUGGCUUAAAUGCACUUUUUUGGAAUACACCGUAGAUGCAUAUGGGAGGAAAUACAACACAAAAUGGAGUAUUAACAUUUGUUACUAUGGAAUACAAUGGGUUACACUGUUUGUCAUGAAAACAAACUCCAUUAUUUUCAUGAUGUUAUAUUACAACUAUGAUAAUUGCCAUUCUUUCUAAGGUGGAUUGAUCGCUGUGUAAACUGAUUAGUUAGUCAUUCAAAUGUUGUCUCCUUGUUAGAUUUAAUGUACUACUUAAAAUAAAAUGUUGUGCAAAAUGGGAUCUUUCUACAAUAAAGACAAUUUGCAAGGUAAACUUGGA